UAGCCCACCAGAUCACCCGCGAAGAUCGAGCGCAACAGCCAAGCAAAAGAGGGCAAAGGAGGGGAGAAGGACCGGAGGAGUACCACCAGCGCCGCCGUAUCCAGAAUCCGAAUCCCUCACCCGAUCCUUCCCCCUUUCGUCUCCGUCUGAUCCCCACGGCUAUUUUUAGGCGAUUCCGCUGCGGUUAUGCCACACCAUUCGCCAGACGGAGCGGCAGAAGAGGGAGGAGGAGGAGAAUCGCGGAGAUAGAGUAGAAGGGCGGAGGAGAGGGUGGUCGGACAUUGCCGCUUGCGUGCCGGAGACCGGGUGUGAUCUGAUCGGCUCCUGGCAUCGCACGAGCAACCCUAGAGGCUGUUCUGGGCGGAAAAAGUGCUCCUUUCUCGGUUCUGUGAAGAGAAACUUUGGUUUCUACUUUUUUUUUUUGCUCCGGUGCUUUCUCUCCGUUCGAGAUGCCGGAAACGGGGUACUAUUCUUGCAAGAAGAAGGAUCAUAUAUGCGAGGAUGUCUGCGGAGAGACGUCGAGGGUUGCUCUUACCAUGUCGCGACUCCGGUGCGCCCUCCGAGGUUUCGAUGUCAAGGCAUUGUUUCUUCUCCUUAUUGGAGUUCCAUUCUUAAUCUUCGUCAUUUACUUUCAUGGGCAAAAGAUUAGUUACUUCCUCCGCCCCAUCUGGGAGUCCCCUCCCAAACCCUUCCGCACCAUCCCCCACUACUAUCACCCCAACGUCUCUAUGGAGCGCCUCUGCCAACUUCACGGUUGGGGCAUCCGCGACUUGCCUCGUCGUGUCUAUGAUGCCGUCUUGUUCAGCAAUGAACUCGAUAUGCUUGAGAUCAGGUGGCAUGAACUCAGUCCCUAUGUUUCUGAGUUUGUUCUCCUUGAAGCUAAUUCAACCUUCACAGGUCUGAGAAAGCCCUUGUUUUUUGCCAACAACAGGCAACGAUUUAAGUUUGCUGAAUUAAGGCUAACCUAUGGCACUAUUGGGGGAAGGUUCGUGAAGGGGGAGAAUCCAUUUGUCGAGGAAUCGUACCAGCGAGUGGCCCUGGAUCAACUCCUAAAGAUAGCAGGUAUUCACGAUGAUGACCUGCUGAUCAUGUCUGAUAUCGAUGAGAUUCCAAGUGGCCAUACGAUUGACCUCCUAAGAUGGUGUGAUGAGAUUCCUGACAAGCUUCAUCUGCAGCUCCGCAAUUAUCUCUACUCUUUUGAGUUUUACCUUGAUGACAAGAGUUGGAGGGCUUCAGUUCAUAGGUACCAAGCAGGGAAGACCAGAUAUGCCCAUUUCCGCCAAACUGAUAAUUUAUUUGCUGAUUCGGGUUGGCAUUGUAGCUUCUGUUUUCGCCAUAUAAGCCAGUUCAUAUUUAAGAUGAAAGCGUAUAGUCAUGUUGAUCGUGUGAGAUUUGCCUACUACUUGAAUCCUCAAAGAAUUCAAGAUGUGAUAUGCCGAGGAGCAGACCUAUUUGAUAUGCUUCCAGAAGAAUAUUCUUUCCAAGAAAUUAUUAACAAGCUGGGUCCAAUACUUAGUUCAUAUUCUGCUGUUCGUCUACCUUGUUAUCUACUUCAGCAUGUUGACCAGUAUCGGUACCUGUUACCUGGGAAUUGCAAGCGAGAAAGUGAGUGAGUUUACGAGACCUUUGGUGGUACUUUUGGUUGUUUGCAUAUGCUGCAGUGAUGCUCGUUGAGAAACUGAUGGCGUCUGCAUUGAUGGAGAUCAGUAUAUGAGACGGUUGGAUGAUUCUUCUGGGACAAAGGGCAAACAAUGAAAUUUCAAAUUGAUAUGCUAUAGUGUUGUUGAAGCUGAUUGUAUUCUUUCAAGUUUUUCUGGUGUCAACACCAUUAUUAGUUGAGGGACAUCAGGGAAAUUAAUUAGCACCAGAGGUUAUUCAGCUCUACUUACCUUAUGGAUGCACAUAUCCCGGUUAUUGUAUAAAGGAAAUUGAGCAUUGUUUCCUGGAUUUUAAUUGUUGGGAUUAUUCUUGGAAACUAACUUAGUCAUGUAUCUUCUUCCAACACCCCCCUGAAAUCUAUUGAUCAUCAAUACUGUGUGAUUUGUUUGAAUGCUCCAUUUGGUGAUCAAGAUGGUAUCAUAAUGAGAUGUCUUUUGUUUUUUGUUUUGAAUUUGUCUGAACUAUGGUCUUACCUC